CACCAGCGGUGCUCAGGCCCUAAUAAUAAUAAUAAUAAUAAUAAUAAUAAUAAUAAUAAUAAUGUUAAAAAAAAAAACAGACCAGAUCCAAUAGCUCCUCGCACCAGCGGUGCUCGGGCCCUAAUAAAGCUAACAAAACAGGUAGAACAAGAAAACCUGGUAGACACAUUUUACUUUCGUUUUCACAGAAAUACACUCCUCCUGUAUAUAAUAAUAAGUGAUGCACACAAGAAAAAGUAAAAGCAUAACAAGCACUCAAGUGGAACAGGCGCUGAGCUGCACACAGAACAGACAGAGAACCACACACAAGCCUCAAAUUUCACUCUAAACUUCACACAAGAUUCAAAGAUGGGAUCCUCUCCAUCCAAACCUGAAUUUGUCACAGUUCUGGCUAACAAACAUGUAACAAGUGGAGAUCAUUUUAUCCUUCAAUGUAAGGCAAACACAGAAGAUGUAACAGCAUCAUGGGAAAAGGAUGGCAAAAAAUUGUCUUGUGUGGAGGGCAAGCAUGCUGUGAAAAAAAUUGGUACGACAUGUGUCUUGGAAAUUUCAAAUGCUCAGGAGACUGAUGAAGGAAACUACACCAUUACCCUGAGGAACAGUUCAGGUUUUGACUCAUGCUCUGCACUUGUCAGAGUCCAAAUUAAGAAAUGGAGGGAGGUGCAAUGGAGACAAGACAAAAUGUUAAAUACUCUCAAGGCAUUUAAAUACUGUAAUGAAGUUGAAGAGCUCCAUUUCCUCCUAUAUGGACUAGUUGGAUCAGGAAAGUCCAGCACCAUAAACACCAUCAGAACCAUUUUUGAAGGACGUCAGUUUGUCAACUGUCUGGCUGCUGCAGGAUCUGCUAAGAGUCACACUCUAUGCUAUGAAAGUUUUAGAUUCACAAAUGAAGAAGGGUCAUUUCCUUUUGCUUUCCAUGAUAUAAUGGGUGCGGAAGUAGAAGAAAAAGAUGGGGUCCUCACUCAAGAUAUCAUCAGCGCUUUAAAAGGUCAUAUGAAAGAGGGUUACACGUUUAACUCUAACUGUCCAUUGACUACAAACAACCAUUAUUACAACCAAAAUCCCAGCCUGAGUGAUCAGAUGCACUGCCUGGUGCAUGUCAUACCAGUCGACCAGAUUUCAAUGAUGAACUACGAUUUUAUCGAAAGAAUGAAGAGUGUCAGCGAAACAGCAAGCAGAAUGGGGAUGGACAGGAAGUAA